GUAGGAGGAAAAAAAAAAAAGAAGGAAGAGCUACACGAUGACUGAGACUGAGUGACAAUGAACUGAGAAAUUAUGACGUUGCUUUAUGUCUUUGUCUUCUCGUGGCCUCCGCAGCUGUUUUGUGCUUUGGCCAUGCAAUAAUAAUGAGGACCACAGGGCUUUUGCGCACAGCAUGGGAGAAAUCGCUAGAGGCAGCCGCUAGCUAAAAAGGGACUAAUGCGUGCGUCCCAAACGUUCUAGUGGAAAUGGGGCUCUACAUCGACUGCGAUCCCAAUCGUUCUAGUGCGUCCCAAACGUGGAAAUGGGACUCUACAUCGACUGCGAUCCCCUAGUACGUCGCACUCGGCGUAGUGCGCUGUUGUGGAGAAUCUAUGUCCGACUGAUAAGUCUCUUGAGUUGGUGCUGGACUUUUCAGGAAGAUAAAGCUGUUCUUGCAUACGGAAAGGACGUAGUGGUCGACUGGGGAAAGGGGGAUUUUGAUCCUGGUGUAGAAGAUGUAACACGAGUUGAGCAGCCGGAAAUUAUAGAGGAGGCAGGGGACGAUGAGGCACUGUCAGGAGGUACAUUUCGAAGCCACACUCGUAUUGCUCACGAGUAGAUUCAUCAAGAUCGUCAGCAGCUUUGUUCAAGACUCUUAACGGCUUUUUUUGAAUUCUCGUAACGAUUAACUACAUGCAAUGACAUCCGUGACGGAUCUUUACGAUUCUACACCAGGUUCUUCAGUUCCGUCAUGGGCACUCGCUGCUCUUAGCAAUAGAGAAGACCAAGACCUUUUUGCCGUCAGCAAAAAUAGCACUGACACCAACACAACGGGCAGUACUUCAUCUAGUACUUCGAGUACUUCUUCGACUUCGACAAGUACCACUUCGAGUAUGUCUAUUUCGAUGAGUACGACCACCUCAGCUACUUCUAGUUCCACGUCCUCUAGUACCAGCGAAACGACAUCAUCUUUAAGUACAACAACAUCAAGCACCACUGUGUCGACUACGACCGCUUCGACAUCGACAACGAGCACGUCCUCCUCCAGCACCUCCUCCUCCAGCACGUCCUCCUCCAGCACGUCCUCCACCUCUAGCACUAGCAGCAGCACAACUGCUACUACGACUACCGUAACGACAUCGACGACCAGCACGAGUAGCAGCACUACUUCCAACACCACGACGACCACGUCAUCCAGCACCUCAAGCAGUAGUUCUACCUCGUCAAGCACCUCGUCGAGCAGCACCAGCACCUCUAGUUCGACAUCGUCGUCGACGAGCUCAAGCACCACAAGCACGACGACGUCUACGACAACAACCAUAACGUCAACGACAUCGAGUAGCUCAACGUCAAGUAGUUCGACGUCAACGAGCACGACCAGCACUACGUCUACCAGCAGCUCAAGUACUAUUAAGGCUAUAUGAAGAUGUUUAUCCUCAUCUCGUCGAGCGUUUUUUGUUUUUUGUAGAACUGGGCGUGGACUAUACAAGCCAUAUUAGAGACAGAAUGAUGUUACUGCAAUGGAAUUUGUUGGGCAUGGAGAAUGUCACGCUUUUUAUGAUCCAGUUCGCUAUCAUCUCUAAUGUGCUCUCGUCAACGACGAUAACGACGACUACGAUAACCUCCACAACGUCGUCAACGAGCUCCUCUAGUACCUCGAGCUCGACUUCAUCGAGCUCGACUUCCUCAACUAGCACCAUAACUACGACUACUUUAACUACCACCACCUCAACAACUACGUCGUCCACUAGUUCCACCUCAACCUCGUCGUCCAGCACGAUAACAACCAGCUCCACUAGCACAAGCUCUUCGACGAGUUCAUCUUCUUCUACGUCCAGUAGUACAAUCACAACGACCACCUCCACUACAACAUCAUCGACUUCAUCUACCAGCACAAUCACAACUAGUACAACGAGUUCAAGCUCAUCGACUAGUUCCAGUACGAGCUCCUCGAGUAGCACGUCAACUUCGACUUCAUCGAGUACGAGUUCGUCAACCAGUACGUCAUCCAGUACGUCGACCUCGUCCACCACCUCAUUUAUGGCGGCUUUGUGAUCUUUCAUUAAAUAUUUAUCUAUGGUCUCAAAAGUGGGCACCUCUCAGCAGCGAAACUUUGCGUGGCCGCAACUUUGAAGCUCGUGCGGAGAUCCUCCGCGCCGGCCUCGGAUGGGCUUGGGAGCAGACGCGCCAGAAACCAUUUCAGCGGAUGCUUCUCGCGGGCGACGCGCCCGCGAUGUUCGUUGAGGGCUGCCCUCUGUCUUCUCUCGCGCGUGCCACAUCUACCCCGCGGUCGGCUAUCCUUGUUGGGGUUUGAUCAGCACGGGUGGUUUUGUAGCUCUCGAGGAUAAACCAUUCAACCCAAACAACACGCAAGUCCGGGAGGGUCUGAACUGUUUUCCCACUUACGGGGGUCGCCAAGUUUCGUCAUUCUAUCCAUCCACUGCGCUCGACGGGAGACCUAUUUCCCCACUUAGACGCCACGACUUGCGAAACUACGGGUCACCAGACGUGGGCUACGAAGCCCCUCGGCCGUCGCCACCUACAAGCGACGCGGGCGACCACGUAUGGUCUGGUCUAAAGUGGGGAGAUUGGAAUCUGCCAGUGGCGCCACAUGGUCGAGGAUCCAACGCACAGCCUUCGAAGACCGGAAACGCGGAGACUUCACCACAAACCGACACCACGGCGCCGAAGACCGGACACACGACCCCACUGUCGAGACUAGGUGGCCCCGACCAGGGAACUCCUGGGGUGGCUGUUCUACCGACUAUGACAUCGAAGAAGACUUCACUGGACUGACAGACUGUAUGGGGUGAAUCGUAGCGGCGUAGUGUAGUCGCUGGAUGAUGGUGCCGCCGCACGGUUUUCCAGUGCGCUAAGAAAUUGCCGCCGAGCACGCUCAGGCGUAUCCGUCGGUCAGCCCAUUGGGUGCAGCAGAUGCCAGAUAGUGCCGACGAUUCGGAUAAAUCCAAGUAGGCCAGAAAUGCCAUAUGGUUUACAUGUGCGGCCUGCAUUUCGUUGGCUGUUCACAGUGCGGCAGCAUUCUUCUUGGAUCUGCUGAUGGGAAUUUCCGACAGCGGCUUGGCUUCUGUGAAGGAUAUUUUAGUAGCAAUAACAGCCGCGCUUAUGCUGAUUGUUGCUAUUCUUCUGCUUGUCAACACAUGCGCGGAAAGGGUAGCAGCGAGCAACUCGCUUACAUGUAUGCUGCUACCUACCGGAUACUCGUCUGUGUGUCGUAUUCAUCCACUUCGCUGCGUGUGUUUAUAGUCGGCUGCGCAGAGGAAGCUUUAUAGGAUUUCUUUUCUGGGGCCAGCUAUGUCUUUCUGGCAGAGUCUAUACCGAUGGACAAGCGGGGUGAGAUAUCAAGCGACGACUCUCGAACAAUUCGGCGGCCCAUUUGCGUGCAUUUCUUGCGUGAAAGAGUUCGAGCAGGGUGAGAAGCCCCAAGGCUGACAAGCGAGACAAUAGCGACGGACUCUCCGACGGAUAUCAACCGCGACAGGACGACGCCAACGACAUCGACAACGGCGCCGCCUCGGUGUGGGUCAAUAGCUUAACUAAGCACAUCGAAAAAACCGGCGCGCCGUCAGGCGGCGGCGAGGGCUUGGCUGGGUUAUGUUUUUGGGGGAUGGUGGGUGCGUCUGCGUGGUCGCUCGGUGGAGAGCUUGGCGCAGUGGCCUUGCGGGUGCUCGCUGUCCAGGGCUGCAGUAGCGUAGGCAGCUGGCGUGUGGCUUUUGUUUAUGAAGUAAGCGCAAAGAGAGAAAAAGCAACACGCCUGCGGCUGCGCGCAGGGUGUGUCAGCUCGUUGCCACUUCGUUCACUGUUUGGGAUGGGAGGGCCGCCGGCUGAUGGGCAACGCCCAUGAUGAUGCUGAAGGCGCCGCCAAUCUCAAAGACUUCGCGCGGGGUGUGCCUCAUGUCGUGCGGCGCGUGUGUUCUUGGCGGUCGGUGUAUUGAUUGUUGUGGGGUGCGUCUCUCUGUCUACAAUGAAUGCUAUACCGCGCAGGGGCUCCUAGGGCCCGCGGUCGAUGGCCGCGCCUGCGUGGAGUGCUAAUAAAUGUAUCAGGCGCAUGCUUAUUUGUCGGUCUUUUAUACUUAUUCUAUUUGAUAGCUCAGGCUGAGGCAGAAGCAAGUGCAAAAAUGUCAUCUGUUGCUCUAAAGAAGUUACAGUUAGCCCAUUUUAGACUGCUCUAAUCCCGCGUCAUCCAGUACGAGUACGUCUAGCAGUACGAGCACGAGCUCAUCUACUUCAAGCUCGACGAGUUCCUCCACGUCCACCUCCUCAAGUACGUCGUCCUCCUCGAGCACCAGUACUUCGACAUCUAGCAGCACCAGCUCAAGCACGUCGAGCAGUACUAGCACAAGCUCCAGCACAUCGUCUAGCACCAGCACCUGUUCCAGCACGUCCACGUCGUCCUCUACGAGCACAUCCUCCUCAACGUCGACCUCAUCCUCGACCUCGUCUUCUUAAGGCCAUUAAAUCUAGAAGACAAGAUCAAGAACUCAUAGUCAUACAUGAUGAAUUGAAUCUAUUCGGCGAGCUGCCUAAGAUUUCCCAGACGAGUUCUACCCGCUACAUAUAUUUGAUUAAUAUCGACGCCGCUCAACAUAGCGCAGUCAGCCGCGUCUCAGGUUGAUUGUUCCUCUAAUAUGCGAUUCUGAGAUCAGAACUACUCGUGCGUCUAGAUACUAUAUGCAAAGUCAGGAAAUUCUUGAUUUGGAAUUAGAUGAGAAAGUGAAACGGAACACGAGUGAGAUGCUAUCGCCAAUCUUCAAUAGAGACCCUUUUCUAUUCCCUUCUAAUCUAAGACCUCGUCUACAACUUCUACUUCGACAACAACGACGACCUUCGAUCCGAAUGCCGUGUAUCUACGUCGACAUUACUUGCAAGUGAGUGGCUCACUGACGUUGGGGUUUUUAAUGGGAACAAUACCGAAAGCAGAAGACGGGAAGGCGAUGAGUACAACUAGUAGUUUUCUGAUGGAAGAGGACAACAGGGAUGCAGAAAACGUUCCACAGCUACAGGGGAAAAAUGCUGGUAUUGACGCUGACCUGGUAGGGGAUGAACAACGACGAGAAGAAUCCCUUAUCCUCCUCAACGAACAGCAAGAAAAAGAGAAACUACUACAGACUUACAACGAGACUCAGCCAGAAGCAGAUGCUGAGCCAGAACGUUUUUUCCACCACGAUAUAGAGUACAACAUGUGCCGCGUCGUUCAGCAGAGUUUUGCCACAUUAUUGCUAGAAAACGCUUUUCAAGCAUACGACGAGCCCACCCACGUCGUUGCGAGUCAUCUCAUUGAAGAUAUGGCAUACGUUUUGUCGUCGAGAGCUCAGUUGGAGUCUUUGAAACGUGUUAGCGACGCAAGUACUAAAGGGGAAGCGGAAAUCGAAAUUGGAAACCAGGAAAGCAAGGUAGAAGGUCCAGCGAGUCUUAAUACGGAAUUAUUACAAGAUGACAUGGACAUUGAAGAUUUUGAAGGUACUUCUACAGACGAGGGAGAAAAGCUUGCGCCUACGGAAACCUCCGAAGAGGACCCGAUUUCAUUUAUUGAGGUUAACAGCAGGAGGAGGGAAGAUGCUCGUGCUAAGAAACUGCAGCAUUUUCAAGAAGGUAGCACCCGCGCGGAUGCUGACGACGAUGACGACGACCUCAAGCUUGAAGCAAAAGUAAAACUCGAUUUUUUCCACCUAUACCUUCCCUCAGAAGGAUCCGCUGAGCGGAAGGCAGCGAUUAGCAUGUUGACGAAACUAAAUCGAACUAGUAACCAUUUCGCAGACGAUUCCUACAGUACGUUUGCAGAAGUCUUAGGUACUAACGUGUAUCAUGCCUUGGUUGAAUUUUUCAAGACUGGAGAGGUUCCUCAUGCCGAAGAAGCCAAGGCAUGGAAUGCAAAUAUCCUCGGGUCGACGUCGAGUAGUACUAUCAACACUCCAGAGAUGGCGACGUCUUCAAGUUCGAGCUUUUUAGAGAGCAAAAUGGCUAAUGCUGGGUCUACUAGCACAAGGAUACGACAAAACCUUCAGGAAGAAGCACCCGUGAUCCCCUGGACCCUCCUCAAUCAAAAUCCUGACUCUCUUGCACCUGUACAACGUUUUGUUGAUGUUAUAUCACAAGUGGACCGCGUCUCGGAAGUGAUCCUAACAAAGAAAGCUUCGAUGUCCUUAAGGCAACCAAGAGAGCAUCCUCUUCCUCAACAUCAUCCUUAGCCUUUUUCCCUCUUCCUCAACGUCAUCCUUAGCUUUUUUCUCAAGGGGAAAUAUAAGGCUCCAAGGAUUACAUGGCUCUCAAGGAAGUUGCGAAGCGGUGGUUCUAAUGUCCUCUGCCUCGAGGAAACUGUCGACGGAUUUAGUGGUGUUGCCUCAAGCAAAAGCCAUCAAGCCUAAGGUGAGUGAAGAGGCGCAGGCUGAACGAGCAGUGGUCGGCGAUGUGACUCACAAUUUGCAGUUCUUGAUGUUGUUAUGUUGGUUCGAAUUCCAUGUUCUAGUAGGAGUUUCUAUGUUUCUUGAUGUUGUUAUGUAGUUGUUAUGUUGGUUCGAAUUCCACGUUCUAGUAGGAGUUUCUAUGUUUCUUGAUGUUGUUAUGUUGGAUAGUAAUUUCGAAUUCGAUGUUCUAGGAGUUUCUAUGUUGUCUACAUGCGAAACUGAGUUUAAUUCUAUGUUGUAUACAUGCGAAACUUUAGGAGAUCAUUCGUUCCUUAUUUUGCUGCACCUGUGUACUUCUAGUUACACGGACAAAGCAAGGAAACUCCAAAGCAGCUGCGUCCCCAAGCUGAAGCCUAACCGGCGCACCCUAGUCUAUUGCCUCUAAUGCAUGCUCUCGUCACCCUGGGCGCAGUUGGGGCGACGACCUACUUGACUCGCGGCUCUGACAUCCUACGCACUCUCCUGAGGAAAGACAAGAUAAAAGUCGUAUGAAAGGAGGUUCAUCAUUUCAACAUUAUAGAUACAUACGCAGUCUGGCUCCGUGAUGAUCAAGCCAUUAGGUGGCGGCUCACACUGAUUUUGUUACCAAGAAACAGCUUCGUGAAGAUGAAUAGUCUGUGUGCUCCAUUAAUAGUCAUCUGUGUCCACGACAUCUUUCACACGCUAAAUUUAUCUCUUUACCCCUGGAGUGGGUACAUUCAUUCAUUCAUUCAUUCCCUAGCACAGUUUAUUAACGACCUCUCAUACAUAUCAUUGUCUUCCUCGCGUGUGACGCCAAAGUGUCUAAUCACCAACCCGACAAAAGACGUGGAUCCAAACGCUGGCAAAACCGAAGCUGAAGAAACGGCUAAAAGUGACGAUCCAAGUGGAACUGACCCAAAUAAGAAGGAUCCGUUCGUCGCGAAGUAUGAACAGAAAAUCUGUUAUCAUUAUCAAGUUUCUGAACUAGAAAAGUACGAUAAUGAUAACAGAUUUUGGUUUCAUACGAAGACUGCGGCUGCUAUGCGAGAGGCUUUGCAGACGCUUCUAAAAGAGGAUCCUGCACUGGGGUUAGCAGAGACGAAUUUGUUGGUGGAAAGAUUACAAUGUUUCAGAAAAGACUGAAACAUUGUAAUCAACAUAUUAUAGUAGAGUUUGUCCUGCUUAUUUUCAUUGCAAAGUAUAUUAGCGUUGCGCUUCGUGACUUCAUAUUAUUUGAGGCUGCAGGGUGUCAUCGUAUAGUCUAGGGGCUGGCAUGCUAGCCAAUGAUAGACUUCAUGGAAUGGCAAUAACAAUAAAGAGGAAAUAAUCGGGAUUGAUGCAACAUAAAGAAAAAGUCACUGUCCCCUGUCUGCAAACACAGAAGAGCUUCACUGAAUCAGGGAAGUCGUAGGUCCAGGCUGAAGCGACUAACGUCAUCAGUUUUGUCAAUACAAAGAAUUACGGUUGGGCUUGUAUUCGAGUGCUGUCCGGAGGAAUACGCGUGGAAAUGCAAGGAAGAAGGUGGACCCCAUGUUUUCACUUCUUGUAUGAUGACGAUGCGAUCGAGCGAAGACAUAUAAUUUUUACGACAAUAGUCGGUAGUACUCGAGCUCU